ACAAAACCUUCUUCAUAGUCCUUUCAAUAUUUCCUACACUCUUUAUUUUUUCCCUAGUUCUUCAAGCUUGCCUUAUUACCAUGGCUUCAUCUUUAUCUGAAACAAUAACCACCGAUGCAUCAUCGGAAAACAACAACGUUACCAUCACUGGAAAGAUAUACACAAGACUUCGUCUCGCUACAAAAUCUGAUCUUUCUCAUAUAUACCAAUUGUUUUACCAAAUCCAUGCAUACCAUAACAACACUCAUUUAUACAAAGCUACUGAGUCUUCCUUAGCCAAUUUGCUCUUUAAGGAAAACCCUCUUCCACUUUUUUACGGUCCAUCCGUACUUCUACUUGAAGUCUCUCCAACCCCUUUUAACGAACCCACAAACGAAGGGUUCAAGCCUGUACUUACAACGUUCGACCUUAAAUUCCCCGUGGUGGAAGGACAAGUUGAGGAGUUCCGAUCCAAAUAUGAUGAUAAGAGUGAUGUUUACAUCGCGGGGUAUGCUUUCUUCUACGUGAAUUAUUCGUGCUUUUCUGAUAAACCUGGAUUCUAUUUUGAAAGUCUUUACUUUAGGGAGAGUUAUAGAAAGUUGGGAAUGGGGAGUUUGUUGUUUGGAACUGUCGCGUCUAUUGCUGCCAACAAUGGAUUCGUAUCGGUAGAGGGAAUAGUAGCAGUUUGGAAUAAGAAAUCAUAUGAUUUUUACGUAAAUAUGGGAGUUGAAAUAUUUGAUGAGUUUAGGUAUGGAAAAUUGCAUGGUGAAAAUCUUCAAAAGUAUGCUAAUGAUAAGGAGAAAAAUGAUGGAGGAAACUGAUAAGGAGAAGGUGGAAUUUAUCAUAUUGUAUUUGUAAUGUUUUAAAAGCAGAAUAUGCUCAUUAUCACUGUGUAUUAAUUUGUAUUUGAUUUAGUUAAUUUCACACUAAAAAGCACCUCCAUACGCCGUGCAAACU